CUGACAAGGAGGCGGGGCCUGCAGCAGGCUUGGCGGCUUCGCGCUCUGAAGGCUCAGGCGCCGCGUGGGGCUGGCACCUCCGGGCAGCAGCGGCAGCUGAGACUCACGGUCAAGCUACGGCGAGGAGUGGGUGGCUGAAGCCAUACUAUUUUAUAGAAUUAAUGGAAAGCAGAAAAGACAUCACAAACCAAGAAGAAAUUUGGAAAAUGAAGCCUAGGAGAAAUUUAGAAGACAACGAUUAUUUGCAUAAGGACACGGGAGAGACCAGCAUGCUAAAAAGACCUGUGCUUUUGCAUUUGCACCAAACAGCCCAUGCUGAUGAAUUUGACUGCCCUUCAGAACUUCAGCACACACAGGAACUCUUUCCACAGUGGCACUUGCCAAUUAAAAUAGCUGCUAUUUUAGCAUCUCUGACUUUUCUUUACACUCUUCUGAGGGGAGUAAUUCACCCUUUAGCAACUUCCCAUCAACAAUAUUUUUAUAAAAUUCCAAUCCUGGUCAUCAACAAAGUCUUGCCAAUGGUUUCCAUCACUCUCUUGGCAUUGGUUUACCUGCCAGGUGUGAUAGCAGCAAUUGUCCAACUUCAUAAUGGAACCAAGUAUAAGAAGUUUCCACAUUGGUUGGAUAAAUGGAUGUUAACAAGAAAGCAGUUUGGGCUUCUCAGUUUCUUUUUUGCUGUCCUGCAUGCAAUUUAUAGUCUGUCUUACCCAAUGAGGCGAUCCUACAGAUACAAGUUGCUAAACUGGGCAUAUCAACAGGUCCAACAUAAUAAAGAAGAUGCCUGGAUUGAGCAUGAUGUUUGGAGAAUGGAGAUUUAUGUGUCUCUGGGAAUUGUGGGACUGGCAAUACUGGCUCUGUUGGCUGUGAAUCUAUUCCAUCUGUGAGUGACUCUUUGACAUGGAGAGAAUUUCACUAUAUUCAGCAUCUUCUCCAGGAAUAGAUUUCAUCUCAAGAAACCACUUUCUUUGAUCAUCUAUGAAAAGCAACUCCUCACUUGUUCAAGUUUUAUCAUGAAAUUGCAGCAACUCAGUCACAGCUUCAGGCUGUACUCAGAAUUCCAGUUCUCUUGCUGCUAUUUCUAUACAUCUGCAUUGACUUUUUCCACUGAAGUCUUGAACCCCUCAAAGUCAUCCAUGAGGACUGGAAUCAACUUCUUCUAAACUCCUAUGAAUGUUGAUAAUGUUGAUUUCUUUCCACAAAUCACAAAUAUUUUUAAUGGCAUCUAAAAUGGUAAAUCUUUCCAGAAGAUUCUCAAUUGACUUUGCCCAGAUCCAUUAAGAGGAAUCAUUACCUAUGGCAUCUCUGGCCUUAUAAAAUAUACUUCAAAAAAUAAAGACUUGAAAGUUGAAAUGACUCCUUGAUUUAUGGGCUGCAGAAUGAAUAUGGUAUUAGCAGGUGUGAAAAACAAAACAAAACAAAACAUUCCUCUCCUUGCAUCUCCAUCUGAGCUCUUGGGUGACCAGGUACAUUGUCAAUGAGGGUAAUAUUUUGAAAGACAUCUUUAUUAUGAGCAGUAGGUCUCAACAGUGGGCCUAAAAUGUGCAGUAAAUCAUGCUGUAAACAGAUGUGUUGUCAUCCAGGUUUUGUGCCAUUUCUAGAGCACAGGCUGAGUAGAUUUAGCAUAAUUCUGAAGGACCCCAGGAUUUUCAGAAUGAUAAAUGUGCAUUCGCUUCCACUUAUAGUCACCAGCUGCAUUAACCCCUAACAAGAGUCAGCCUGUCCUUUGUAGCUUUGGAGGCAGGCAUGAACUUCUCCUAGAUGGCAUCUUCCAAGAGGGCUAUUUUUGUCUACAUUGAAAUUCUGCUUAGUGUAGCCAUCUGCUUCAAUGAUCCUAGCUAGAUAUUCUGAGUAACUCACUACAGCUUCUCCAUCAGUACUUGCUGCUUCACCUUGCACUUCUACGUUAUGGAGAUGGCAUUUUUUGUUAAACCUCAUGAACCAACCUGGUAGCUGCCAGCUUUUCUGCAGCUUCCUCACCUCUCUCAGCUUUCACAGACCUGAAGAGCCUUAGGGCCUUGCUCUGGAUUAGGCUUUGGCUUAAGAGAAUGUAGUGGCUAGUUUGAUCUUCUAACAAACUUUGAGCGAUCUUUGUUACUAUUGUAACUGGGGACACCAUGAAUCACACCUGUAUGAGACAGUGAACUUAAUAAAUGUUUGUUCUGACUGCUACACUGACCAGC